CCCUUCCCUUCACCUAGGGUUAUUUUUCCCCUUCCGACCCAAGUUCCAUGUCCCAGAUGGCGCCGGGGGUUACAAUAAUGGUUGCGCUUAUAGUAUAUUGUACAGUACUCGAGUACAGUACAGUACUGUACUUGCACAGAAAUGGUUGUAGUGAUGCUCUCACCUUUUUUAUUUUUUAUUGACAUUAAAGUCUUGGGUCGACAUCAUAUCCAGGAAUCACAUCCAUCUUGAGGAAAGCCGAUCGACUGUUUUUGGUUGUUGUGGUAGGUAGGAGUGGUUGUGGCGGAAUCCAGCUACCAGUCCCCACACGUUUCAUGUGGGUUAGAUGGCCGUAUUCGUGACGACCAAACCACCUAGGUGGGGGGGGUAGGAAGGGAGUUACAUCUAGGGUACGACCGAGAUGGCUUCGCCUACUGGACUAGAGACCGGGAUGAGGGUGGAAAAGAAGAGCUGCAGGAGGAGGAGCUGCAGCCGGCACGGAUGAGGAGUGCGAUAUACUGUUUUUCCAUAGUUUUGCUUGGCUUUGCUUGGCUUUAUUGAUAUGAUACUUUUCUCUCCGGCUGGGCUGGGGGCGGUGUGGAGCGUGGAAGAGGACUUUUUUGAUUCAAAUACCAUACUCGAGUGCUUUAGUACCGCAUACGAACCCAGGACAUUCUCAUACCAGUCUUUAAUUUUUCUACUUUGCAUUCCUUGUACUUUUUUGGUUUCUUCUAUACUUUUGUAUCCAUUUUUUUCUUUCUUUUCAUGCUCUGGUUUUGGAAGGAUUUUCCUUCCUUUUUCUCUUUUGGUCAUGGCUCUUUCUCUCUCACACUCUGUCUCUUUUUCCCCUUUUUUACUUUUUUUAACCUUUUCAAUCUCGCUCCGCACUUGA